CUGCACUCGAUUGCUUUCCCCUGGAGUUGCCUGUGAGUCGAUCGCGGAGCAGAAGCUAGCGCUGAUGCAACACACUGACAGGUCCACUCACCCGGCUCCACUCUCCCACGUCUCACUGUAAGAAGAGAGCUUUUGAGGAGGCUCUGCACCAUGGCAGAUCAGCUCAGUCCGGAUGAAAAGUUCCACCUCAUAACAAGGAACCUCCAGGAGACCCUUGGAGAGGAGAAGCUGAAGCAGGUUCUUCAGGAGAGAGAGCUGAAGGUGUACUGGGGCACAGCGACCACCGGUAAACCCCACGUAGCGUACUUCGUCCCCAUGUCCAAGAUCGCAGACUUCCUCAAGGCUGGAUGUGAGGUCACUAUUCUGUUUGCAGACUUGCACGCCUUCCUCGACAACAUGAAGGCCCCCUGGGAGCUGCUGGAGCUCAGGGUGAAGUACUAUGAACAGGUCAUCAAAGCCAUGCUGGAGAGCAUCGGUGUGCCUCUGGAUAAACUCAAGUUUGUCAAAGGAACUGACUUCCAGCUCAGCAGAGAGUACACUCUGGAUGUGUACCGUCUGUCCUCCAUGGUGACGGAGCAUGACGCUAAGAAGGCUGGAGCAGAGGUGGUGAAACAGGUGGAGCACCCCCUGCUGAGUGGUCUGCUCUACCCCGGACUGCAGGCUCUGGAUGAGGAGUACCUCAAGGUGGACGCUCAGUUUGGAGGAGUCGACCAGAGGAAGAUCUUCACUCUGGCAGAGAAGUACUUGCCUUCUCUUGGAUACGCCAAGCGCUCCCAUCUGAUGAACCCCAUGGUCCCAGGACUCACAGGGGCCAAGAUGAGCUCCUCAGAGGAGGAGUCAAAGAUUGAUCUGCUGGACUCUGCGGCAGACGUGAAGAAGAAGCUGAAGAAGGCUUUCUGUGAGCCAGGAAACAUCCAGAACAAUGGAGUCCUCUCCUUUGUCAAACAUGUUGUCUUCCCUCUGCGUGGAGAAUUCUGCAUCAAAAGAGACCCCAAGUGGGGUGGAGACAAAAUCUACACUGUGUUUGAAGAGGUGGAGAAGGACUUUGCUGAGGAGCACAUCCAUCCAGGAGACCUGAAGGCCUCAGUGGAGGUUUCACUAAACCAGCUGCUGGAGCCAAUCAGAAAGAAGUUUGAGAUGCCUGAGCUCCGCAAACUGACCAACACCGCCUACCCCGACCCCUCGAAGACAAAAACAGGAAAGGGUGCCAAGGCAGGAGGAGGAGGUGGAGGAGAGGAUGAUGAGCUGGUCCCCUCCAGAGUGGACAUCAGGGUGGGCAAGGUCAUCAGUGUGGAGAAGCACCCAGACGCUGACUCGCUGUACCUGGAGAAGAUCGACGUGGGCGAGGCGGAGCCGAGGACGGUGGUGAGCGGGCUGGUGGCGUUCGUCUCUCAGGAGGAGCUGCAGGACAGGAUGGUGUUGGUGCUGUGCAAUCUGAAACCCCAGAAGAUGCGAGGGAUCGAGUCCCAAGCCAUGCUGCUGUGUGCCUCCAUUGAAGGGGAGCCCAGGAGGGUGGAGCCUCUGGACCCUCCAGAGGGAUCGUCGCCAGGAGAACGGGUCUUUGUCGAGGGAUACGAGACGGGGAAACCAGACGAGAGACUCAACCCCAAGAAGAAGGUGUGGGAGAAAGUGCAGGUGGACCUGAAGAUCUCAGACGAGUGCGGAGCUCAGUGGAAAGACAAGCAGCUGAUGACUAAACUGGGACAGAUCACAUGUAAGACACUGAAAGGAGGAAACAUCAGUUAGAUACAUUACAUUCAUCACUGAAGCUGCUCCUGCCGGCCACAUAAAAACAAGAAUACCUUCAUCAUGUUCGAUGUUCAACGGUCAAACUUCAGCUGGAUGUUUUCUGGGAGGAUGAUGGGACAUUGAUGCCAAAAGUCUCAGAUGCUUCUGACUGGCUGCAACAUAUUAUUAUUAUUAUCUUGCUCUGACUUCAUUAGAAAGUGUACAACAAAAAUGCAACUAAUCAACAUAUGAUUCAUCACCGUUUCUCUCGUUUACCUGGUGUUGUAUGUUGUUCUUAACACACUUAAAUAUACAACAGUUUCUACAAAAGAGACAUACUGCGACUCAGAUAAUGAAGGAUUAUUUUAUUGGAUGUUGCAGUGCUGGGUCGGUUGUUCCUGGAAGUAGCUGAUAAGGAUCUCAGGUGUUUAAAAAGGGACUUAAGGGGACUUAAUGUGCUUUUCUGGUUUAAAAAUGCCUUCUUGGUAAAUGUCUGCCAAUAAUACCUAAUAAAUAAAAUGUUUUUUCUGGGUUUUAGACAUCACAUAUACACUACUGGUCAAAAGUUUUAGAACACACCAACUUUUCCAGAAUUUAAUUGAAAAUGAUGCAGUUUUUGUCUCAGUGUACUCUGAAAUUAAUGCACAUUUGCAACAUUUAAAAUUCUUUAUUGAGCAUGAUAGUGUUUUGAAAAUAAAAAAAAGAUUCAAAAUCACAUUUUAUGUUGAACUAAAGGACUAAAAAAAGACACAAAAUGACAAAAAAAGACACCAAAAGACUUAAAAAAGACACAAAAUGACUUACAAAGACAUGAAAAGAAUUCAAAAAUGGACAAAAUAGCCCAAGACUCCAUAGAGUUAAGUUGUUAACCCAUUUCUUGUUCCCUGAAAAAGGCCUACUUGUAUAAUUCUGAAAUGUACAUUAUUUUUCAGUUUUGGUUAAGCUUACCUUUUUUUAUUUACCUCUGGCAGUUCACCACUUACCUUUGUACCCUUUCAAGCUGUUCAUUUGACUUCAACUGCUUGAUUUUCAAUAAAAAACUGGAAAAAUUGGGGUGUUCUAAAAUUUUUGACCGGUAGUGUAUAUAAAAAAAAAUCAAUAUGUACUAUAAGACAUAGGACGGUUGCAUUGGGGGAAGUGUACAUAAAUCAGUGUCUGAACAUUUGCUGUCAUAUUAUCAAAUGAUGCAUCAUCUCUAAUAUGAAAUAAAAGCUGGUUUGAAUUCUGAGGUCUGCACAAAUUGA